AUGCUGGUUAUUCCAUUGGAGCUGUAAUGCCCGAGGUCUUCCUGUUUCCAUGGAACUGAAUACCGACAUUGAAAGAGGAGGAAUUCUUUAAUGAGCAUUCUACAUUAAGUACAUGGUUAAUUUUCUAUCCAAAUGAAUUAGACAAGUUUCUGAGCUGGUAAUUCCAAGUGUAAAUAUUUCUUACAAGAAUUCACAACGUCCCUAAAUAACAUAGCCACUGUCAGAGUGGGGGAGGGUGCGGUGACAACUAUACAGAGGCACAAAAGUAAAUAUGCGUUGUUCUUUUUUUAACCAUACCUCAUACUUUACCUCAAGUUUAUCCAUGUAUUUACAUUGUUAAAACGCAGCAUGUGCAUUGACAAUAGCCAGGAAACGAAGUUCCCGUGUUUUACUCGUGCAUUGUUUGUUGAGCAGCUCUACUUCCGCUUUGCUGUCACUCCCCCUGGCUGCAGACUGUGUGUUCGUGUUCUGCUUCUAGGUCGGUGGUUUAUCUGUGUGUGUGUAAGUGCUACUUGAUCGUCUCCGUGUGUAUUGUUGUUCGUUUACCUUGGCGUUUGACAUGGCGAAUGGACGGAACACCAGCAGUCUUGUGAGAUACGGAACCGUCGUGUCUGUUCUGGUGGUUCUGUUGGCUUUGUGGUACCGAUCACCCGUACAGAAUUCACUCGACCAAAGGCUUGACACCGUUUUAACAUCGCUGCUGAGAGCCGAGAGUAAAGUGGACACAGACUGCUUUCGCAGACCCAAAGUGGCAAUAGGUUUUGGUGGCUGUGUGGACAUUAUUGUCGAUGGCGUCAAGCUCUUAAACGAGAUUGGUCUUAAACCCAGUAAAACUCCCUUCCAUCACGACUGCAUUGAAAGCAGGGAGCAGCUCUCCCAGAGCUUUGCAUACUUCUUUCCACCCGGAGCAGCCUCUGAGAGAUUCCUGUCCAAUGACACUUUGUUUGACGAGCUGGUGGAAGCAUCCCGAGGACUCCAUGGGAAUCGAUGGGCUCUCGGAGGGAACGCUGCAGUCAUGGCUAACCGACUGGCCUCGGAGGGGUGUGACGUGCUCCUGGGAGGCCGCUUCAGCCCAGAAGUCACUGAAGUCCUUUCUGAUCACGUGACAGUGGCUGGGAAGCCAGUGGAGGACCCCGAUAUUCACUUGAUUCUAGAAUACCCCACUGGGGCGAAAUGGGGAGAAUACGUCUCCAGGAGAGCGAACAGGUACAUCGUUCACAGCGAUGACCACAACCCUCUGCUGGAUUCCCUGGAGGACUUUGAGGAGCAGCUCCAGUCUUUCAGGCCCGACCUCCUUGUGAUUGGUGGGCUCCAGAUGAUGGAUAACUUUCCAUUUGAAAAAGGUGUGCGUGAGGCCCGGCUGGAGCAUCUGAACGCCCUGAUGCUGUCGGUAGAUGAGGUGACAGGCGUCCAUUUUGAGAUGGCCUCCUUCGUGGACAAGGAACUGAUGCAGGCGCUGCUGAGCCGGGUGGUGCCCUAUGCCAGCUCUCUGGGCAUGAACGAGCAGGAGCUGCCCAACCUGCUCAGCCUGCUGAAGGGGGGCAACGUCACUGUGCUCUCCGAUCCCAACCCCCGCGUGGCCACCGUCCUGGACCAGAUGAGGGAGCUGUACCGGCUGCUGAGCACUGAGAGGCGGGGCCAGGCUGGGGGGCGCAGGCUCACCAGGCUGCACGUCCACACCCUGGCCUUCCAAGCCAUCAUCGUGACUACAGGCUCCCCCUGGAAGAACACCAUGUCGGCCACGGCCAAGGCUUCCCUCACCGCCAACCGGCACGUGUGCGGCUCGCCCGACAUCAACCCCAGCAAGGCCAAGCUCAUCAUGGACGACUCGUUCUCCAUCAGCCGCCAGGAAGGCAGCCAGAGAAUGCCCUUGCUGGAGACCAAGCCCGUCACCUGCUGGGAGGAGGCUGACUACGAGGUGUGCGUCGCCCCUGUGCUGGUGUGCACAGACGUGUACCAGACUGCCGGAGGAGGGGACAAUGUCUCAGCGGCUGGGUUAGUGCUGCAGAUUUAACAGGGAGGAGACACUCUGGCAAAUUACAAACUUUUUCAACUCAUGAAAGACAAUGCCCACUUAUGUGAAGUGCUCUUUAAAAUGUAUUCUCUUUUUACUUUUUGGGGUUUUAUUUCUUUUUAAAUCUUUAAACACAUCUGGCUACGGUAGCUGUCAAAUGCAUAUAGAAGCCAUGCGCUGUCGUUUGGGACUGAGCAGCUUCAUUUUCUGUUUUACUGCUUCUUAUGUAGAACACAUGCUGAGUACAGGACGCCUUGGUGUGGUGUUCCUGCUUCUGGAUGUCUGGGGUUGCUGGUAAGUUUUAUUACAGGUGCUUCGUAAACAAGUAUAUGUAACACUUAACUCAUACCCUAUGGGGCAUAUUUGGUACAAAAAACAAUACAAGUUUAUGUACAUGAAAAAAGCCUAGCUAAAUCUUUAUGGUAAACUAGAAGUCUUAUUUAAAAUGUCAGCCAAUGAAAGUGCAGCUCAUGAAGUAUACUCACGCUGCUCCAGUGUGUAGAUUGCAGUGGUAUGGCAUUGUUAAUGGGAAUAUGUGCUCUUAUUUCUGUUUAAUUGAGGCCUUCAUGCGUUGUCUUGCACAGGCUUACACUGGGUUUCAUGUGGACGGCUUCAUGUGGUACUUGCUGUGUAUACUGCAAACUUCUAUUUGUAUUUUAAUGAUGAGUGAGUAUUUUAUUUUUUCGGUUGUCGUCAGUGACUGCUGAAAUAUACACAAGCCAAUGCUGAGAUUAGGAGCACAGAGGGGUAAUAUAUAAUACUCACAAAGCAAUUUACAAACAUUCCCUACUUUCUCUUGCAAGGAUUUCUGCUCUUCUCUGUUGUUUUUGUUUUAUUCUCACACUCAGAUUAAAGUUGGAUUGUUUUUUGUUUAUUAUUUGAAACGCCCCGUGAGGUUUCUCUCAUCUCUCCUGCAAGCAGGGCAUUUGCACUUUACUCAGUUAACACCGAAUAGCACCUCAUGAGAAUAAGCAGUAUAGCUUUAACAACUCGAACAACUCUCCAGGAGGAGAGAGGCACCUCAUACAACACAAACCAAUAACAGACCAUGCUGUGAAACAGAACUAAUGAAAUGUGCAGCUUCUGCAGUCCGCUGUUUCUUGCUGAUUGGAUGUGUUCAGAUAAGUUUAUUUUACUGGGUCUGUUGCCAUGUAGAUGGUCUCUGGGAGUGGAUGUAACCCUGAAUAUAUAGCAUAGCUGAGCAAUAUAGUGUCCCAAAUGCAAAGAAUGAACAGGCAGACUUGAUUUUUACAGAAUGUACAAGUUUUAACAAAAAUGUUUUACAAGGGGAAUGAAUGAAUUAAGUUUUGUUGGGGUUGCUUGACCAGGAGUAAAAUAAAAUCUUUUACAUUCCA